CUUUGUGUUGCUUGACCUACAUGCGCGGCAUUCUGGAGUUCUGCCACUCCUCAUUACGGGGUCAAGAGUCAUCUGUGGCUUUACGCCGUACCUCUGGUCUCCCGCUACCUGCCUGCUACAGUCUCUCUGAUCGCCUUCGCGUCUUACUUCUUGAAUGAAACGCCCUGAGCGUUUUGCCAGCCCUAGAAGCCCCGCAUGUUUCAUCUCUGCAAGGCGUGGCUCAGAUCCUCCUGGAAACCAAAAUGCCAUUUUUCUGGCUGUCGCUAGAGUAUUGACGCGAUUCCCUGGGCUCAUCAGUGAAUCUGACACGAUCGGACGCUGGAGGCACCCUCACCCAGAGACCUCACGAUUCCCCUCUGACAUAAGGGAGAGUUUGAAGAAAUGGCUUCUAAACAAGGCAGAACGCCUUGCUGGCCUUCCUGGAUAUAUAUGCUGGAGUGGUGAAGCUGAUGAGGUCGUCAGAGCCAUCGCACAUGCAAGCCGUCGUCACCAGAAUCUAUGCCUCGCUCGUGGAGUGACUGCAGUCCAUGGAUCCUCUCUGAAUCUCACGUUCUUCUCUUGCCACAAUUUCCUACGCUCCAAAAUCUGGACCCGUCCAAGGCAUGAAGGGUCAUCGGUAAAGCGCGCACGAAAUGAAAGAGAGCGUCCAUCUUACCCUCGACUGUGGCUUUGUGAAAGAUUUGCUGCGGUACAAUACCAUGCCAGCCUACACCACUCAGACACUAGCUCGAGCGACUCUGCCAGCCUGCACGACAGUAACGAUGGAUGCAGGAUACAGCCAGUCUCUUUUGAAUCUGCAACGAGCGUGGAGACAACUCCGACCCAUCUCUCCCCGCAGGCGGUCGCCGAUGAGGUCCUGGGUGCCUCAACAACCAUCUCAGGAAAGCGAGACAUAGAAGCAUUAGUUGAAAGUGGUAAACAGUCAUCCGAACUGGUGCAUGAGAGUCUCAUGAUAAGACUCAAGCAGCCACCGCAGGCUCCACAGCUAUAUGUCUCAGCCCAAGAAGAGCAGAGACGUCAUGGUGUUCCUUAUGGAAGAAGCGAAGAGUCCAACAACCACCCUGUCUACCAUCGCUUCAUCCUCAAACUCUACCCAACGGACGGUGGAGAGACAUUAGCAGUGUCUAUUUACGCGACCGAACUCGGCAAGGGUAUUGAGAUAAUAACUACCUCUGGUCCAUCCUGCUGGGGUGUUAUCAUUCGUCCAUGUAUCUGCGUGUCUUGCAGCUACAAAGCCAUGUGUUUGUGGACUGGAUAUACCCGACGAGCUGUUGCUCAUGACCUGCACUCAUCUCGCUGGCAGCGACAUCCGUUGCCAGCAUUGCCGCGAUGGCCACCGCAAGUGCUUCCCCAUCCCCAAUGUUCACCUCAAUCUACGACUUGUUGACAAGCGCAUACACUCUAUCAGACGUCCAGCCCUCAGACUUGUCUACUUCUCGGAGAGAGUCAUCGACGUGUCUCUUCAAGAUUGUCAGCAGCUAUGCUCUCUGAGUGUUGGUCCUUACGCCCACCACCUCCCACCGCUGAGAUGGUCAACCAGUACCACGCCAG